AUGUCUAAUACAUCAAAUGAUGAACAACUUGAUAAUGUUACAAAUCACUGUUCGCCGAUUUUGAUUCCUAGUAGUACGCCGCCGAAUGCAACAAUUGAUACAGGUUCAGAAUUACCACCAAUAUCUGAGACAGCUUCACCGCCUACAAAUCAAGAUGAAGUAGGAAGACCAGAGGCAAUAUCAACAAAUUUACCAUGGAACUCAGAUCGACAUAUAAGUGAAUGGAAUAUUGAUGAAGUGUUGGGAUGGUUUCAAUUUCAUAAACUUGAUAAGUUAUAUAACUGUUUGUUUGCUCCGGGUGAAGUUAAAAAUGGUGCAACUUUGAAAAAAAUGUUUCAAAUGAAACGACAAAAUUUUGAACAUUACCGAGUUUAUUAUACAAAUCGUUUAAAAUCGAAUCCAGAUGAUCUUUCAAAAGAUUUCCAUGACUUCAAUCGAUCGCUUGAUUUAUAUUUUAUUAAUAAAUAUGCCCAUCGAUUUGAUGUUGCCUUCUCAUUUCCAGGUGAAAUACGCAAUCGGGUUAGUCAAAUAGCGGACAAACUCUGUGUGAAAAUUAACAGACAAGAUGGAAGGAAACCAAUAUUUUAUGAUAAUUAUCAUAAAGCUGAAUUAGCCCGUCCAAAUUUAGAUCUUUAUUUACACACGAUAUAUCGAUAUCAAACAAGAUUGAUCGUCGUUUUUAUGUGUGAUGAUUAUUCACGUAAAGAAUGGUGUGGUUUAGAAGCACGUGCUAUACGUAGUCUAUUGAAAACGCAUCAAAGUGAUCGGAUUAUGUUAUUAACAGUCGAUGGAAAAAGAAUCGAAGAUGCUAUUCACAGUCGUUUAGAAGCUCUUGGUCAUCCAUUGCCAUUAUCACAACCAUUACAUACGCCAACACAACAGCUAAUAUCAGAAAGCGUGCUAUCAAAACGUAUUGAGAUUUUGAGAAAUGUUCUUCGUUCAAUAUCACCAUGGUAUAUUAUAAUUAUACUAUUAUCAUAUAUUUUAGGUACUAUUAUUGGUCGUUAG